ACAGAGGCUCCCCUGGUGACUGCACUGAGCUGUGUCCUUCCCCUUCCCAGCAGGGGCUGUAACAUCAUCAUGGCAGGCUCCAAAGAAAACAGCAUCUUCCCUCGAAACCCCUACUACAUCCCGGGCUACGGGGGCUACGUUCCUCAGUUCUCCUUCAAGUUUGGGGACACCUAUGGCAGAAUCACCCACGAUCUGCUGACAGAUCCCAAUGUCAGGAAGAGCCCUCGGUCCCUGCUGGCACCGCUGGACAACAUGGAAAACCUCCAGGAGUUCCGUUACCACAUCGAGCACCCAGGAUAUGUCACCUACCAGCCCAUCACCAACCCUGCUGAGGUGUCCCUGGGCUCACAGCCUGUCCCUGGGCCGGUGCUGGAGGAGCCCAUGAUGGUCCACAUGGACCCCAGGCUGUGGCAGAGCCCCCCAGGCCCUGCUGCACCCCGUGCCCUGCUGAGCUGGCCACCCCAGGAGCCACCCCAGGAGCCACCCCAGGAGCCCAGGAUGGCACACAUGGACCCCAGGCUGUGGCAGGGCCCCCCAGGCCCUGCACCCGGAGCCCUGCUGACCUGGCCUCCCCAGGAGCCACCCCAGGGGCUGGCCCUGCACCCUGCAGCCCAGGACAUGGAGGGGGAGGUGGCCAAGCCACCCCUGGCCAGUGUUCUGGGCAAAGGGAGCAGCACGAGCAGAACGUGCCAGUGCAACUGUGGAGGGAGCAAAAUGCAGCGAGAAACAGGAGGUGUGGCGCUGCCAGGAGGGGCUGCAACAGCAGAUUACACAUUGCCAGUGCUGCCUGUCCCAAAUGCCAUCAGACAGAAAGUCAUCCCAGGGUAUGCUGGAUUCGUCCCCCACCUCUUUGACAAAGUUGGCAUGACCUACAUCCCAGCUGUGAAGAAAGCCAUGAAUGAAUUUGAUCGAUUCCAGCUUUUGCAGAGAAAUCCACCUUAUACAUUGGGCACGAGAUUCCCCCUGACACACUGGCCGGACACCAAAAUUUACAGCCGUGCUGGACUCAAACCUGCCUACGCGGGAUUUGUACCAUGCCUCCAGGACCUCUGCGGGCUCACCUAUGGCAACGCCACGCGGGAGUCGUACCGGUGUGAACAGAGGAGACGGGGAAUUGCACUGUGAAAACUGCUUUAAUGGUGCCUGUACAGCAUUGGGAGUGACUCGGAAACAGCAAUAAUAACACAACACAAACAGAACUUUUGAAUGAGAGAGUUCAUACAACUUU